AUGCCUUCUGUUCGUGAUGCGGAAAACGAUUCCCUUGGUGAAGAGGAAGCGUUCCUACCCGACUCCAAAGGCUCUUAUGAGAAGCAAUUGAUAAGGUCUCAGCGCAAAGGGAGAUUUCGACCUCCGCAAAGUUGGUCAGCGUUUCUCUUUGUUCAGAUCUUCUUGAUUGCGGUCUACACGACCACUUUCUUUACAUCCACAGAAAAAGAUCUUGUUUACUGUGAUAUUCGACACACAGCUCCGGCUCGAAGCGCCAUCCAACACCAGGCAGUUCGUUUUAAUGCAACGCUUGUCAUUGAUAGCCCCUACAAUGGACCUCCAAGCCAGGAGGUCGAUAAAGCUUGGGGUGACCUACUGGAGAAUAUGAACAUUGCGGUACCCAAGUCCGACAUAGAACGUAUUGGUGCCACGUCCAUCCCGAUACCAGACACGGACAACAUGUACUUUGCUGGCCUCGGUGUGUUCCAUGAGCUUCAUUGCAUUAAACGGCUGCGGCAGUAUACCUGGAAAGAACACUACUUUCCAAAUUCCACCGCUGAAGAGGAUCGUCUUAAUCGACUUCACACGGGUAAGCAAAAUAUGGAUAUUGUAGAUGUCCUCGCAGACGCUUACAAGUCACCAGACCAUUGUCUCGAGAUAAUGAGACAGGCAACGCUAUGCCGUGCCGAUAUUUCUCUCUUCACACUUCAAUGGUCGACAGAUAGCCCAUGGCCACGAGCAGACUUUUCCCACGAACAUCAAUGCGUUGACUUUGAUCUGAUUAAUUCUUGGGCUGGUCAACGCCGAGUAGAUGCAUCCAAGCCUGGAAUAUUGACGCAUCCUAAAUUUGGUGUUGCUUAUCACGAGGGAGAAAGUAGCAUAAUUGGUGCAACUGAGGAUAUGAGCCCUACUAUUAUUACUUGA